GGUGUGUUGUAAAUGGACAGGGACAAGAAUCACAAAACUCAAAAUAGUGGAGUCUCUGUAGCGGGAGUCGAAAAUAAUACUUAUUACGGCCAGUUGGAAGAAGUUUUAGUGAUGUCAUAUCUUUUUGGUUGUUCUGUUGUAUUAUAUAAGUGCAAAUGGUUUGACACUAAUCGGUCUUCAGGAUUAAAGUUUGAGCAAAACAUAACGAGUAUCAAAACCAGUUCGGACGCCUUCAAAGUUGAUAAAUUUAUCUUAGCAACUCAGGCUAACCAAGUUUUCUACAUUGAAGACCUUAAAAAUAAAUCUCAUUGGAAAGUCGUCCAAGAAGUGCAUCACAUAAAUGUGUGGGACAUCCCACUAGUUGAAGAACAAGUGGAGGAUGUAGAAGUAGAUAUUAUGCACGACACUAGUUCCUCUAAUUUCCAAUUAUUCGUUGAUCUUGGACCGUUGCCACAAAUCAUCUUUGAACGUACGAGGGCUCCAUUACAAUUUUUUGAGAUAGAUAAUGUUGCAAUUGAGGGGGAGAGGGAGGAGGAAAUGGAAGAGGAAGAGGAGGAGGAGGAAGAGGAAGUGGAGGAGGAGGAGGAAGUUGAAUAUGAAGAUGAUGAAGAGGAAGAUGAACACAUAGAAACUGAUGAUGAUAGUGAAGAUUAUUAUAGUGAUUAUUAAGUGAUAUGGCUGAUGUUAUUGCUCAAUCUCACGGGGGCGAUGGUGGAGGAUGCGAUCCUCCACGUGGACCGUCAAAUAUCCCAUUUGAUUGUGAACGAGCGCCUCCAAACAAACAUGGACAUCAUAAAGGAUUGAACACGCGGGAAAAAAGGGAACAGUUGGGGCGUCCUCUCCCUCUCGAGUGGGAUGUGCGGGGGAGAACAUAUAAAGAGAUCGGAGAUUACAACUCAAAUUUCUCAAGAGAGUUCGGAUUACUUGUUCGACAGUACACAGAUCCAGACUGUCCUCAAUGGUCAAAAGUACCAAAUGCCUCGAAACAAAGAAUACUUGCAUAUUUGGAAGAUGAUUUGUUUGAUAUUGGGUGUACUAGAUAUGGAGAAGGGCAUAUGCUUGGGAUCUUGGGAGGUAUUGAUACUUCGCGUGCUAAAAAGUAUUCUGACUGGAAGUACGAUAUUAAAGAGCAUUUAACGAUUAAUGGGCCACAAAAUCGUUAUGGUGGUUGCACGGAUACGCAGUGGCAAAAAGCCAUUGAAUUUUUCCGACGCCCAGAAAUUACGAAACGUUCUGUGGUCAACAAGGAAAAUCAGAAGAAACUGAAAGAGCUUAGCUAUGGAGGUUCUCAGUCAAUCCCAACGCUGCGCUAUAAAAAAGUCUUCAAAUACGACAGUAUCAAAGACGAGCCACCAGCUGAAGGCACCCCACAGAAAGUGACUCUGUCUCCUAAUGUUGUCAGCCAACCUUUCCGAAACUUUGUGGAGAUCAUCUUUGAAAAUCAUGAGAAGAGCUUGCAGUCAUGGCAUUUGGCUGGAUACUCCUUCUUCGCGGCUGCCAUAGGGCUAGGGAAGUGGAGCCCAGAGCAAAGGAAAAACUACAAUCUUCUUGAUGCAGUAAGCAGGCACACCAUUCAGGUGUUCCCCAAGUCAUAUGCUGCAAUUUUGCUGACAUUUGACAAUGCUGGGAUGUGGAAUUUGAGAUCAGAGUUGACAGAGAAUCGGUACCUGGGGCAGCAGCUCUACAUAAGCGUGUUGUCACCGGCACGGUCACUCAGGGACGAGUACAACAUCCCAGAUAAUGCCUUGCUCUGCGGCAUCGUUAAGAAACUGCCAUUCCCACCUCCAUACACCAUCUAAACUCAUCAUCCAGGCCAAUUCGAUUCAGUCAGUCAGUGUUACAAGACACAAAGCUAUGUAAGAGUUCAGGAUCAUACCAACCAACAACGAAAGAGGAAAGAAAAAAAAAUUGUUAGGAUGGAGCAACCUUUUUCCCUACUACAGUAUGUAAUGUCACCCACUAUAUGAUUAAUAAAAGUAUAGAAUCACCAUACUGACUUCUUUUGCAAACAAGGGAAGAAAAGAGAAUGGAGAAAUUAAUUUUGAUUCUUUAUUUGAGAUUUUGCAGCAAACUAAUCUUCGACAUACAAUACAAUACCAAUAAAGAGUUAUGGUUGAAACAAAACAAAAACCAACCUGCAAUAACAAUCUGUUUAUUAAUGAAGUCAAUGGAGAGUUUAGUCAGCUUAAGA